AUGGGAGCCGGGGCGAUCAUAGAGCCGUUGGUGGUCAUCGGCCUCUUGUUUGGAGGCACUUGGAUCAACCGUGCUGUUGGAUCACCCUUGUCUCGCUACAGUCGGCGAAGGUCGUCCGACCUCCACCGAGCGGCUUCGUCGGAUUCCUUGGAGUCGGGAUAUUCAACUCCAUCGACGAAAGAUGGGCUACUGAGCUCGAGAUCGUGCUCCCCUUCACAGACCAUAGAAGAUGGUUGGCACAAGCGACAAGUUGGAAUCUUGGGGCUGACAUUCGAGGUGUCAUCGCCGAAUACAAUCGUCUUCCAAGACCGACUGCUGAGUCGCUUGCUCCGGAAAUUUCCUUUUUUGGUGGAAUGUUGGUAUUGGGCCUUGGUUUACUGGACAUAUCAGCUUGGUCGUGCGUUUACCGCGGUCACUCUCAAAGAUGAUACCGUCGGUGUGGCCAGGAGACACGCCUUGAAAUUAAUCGAGAUGGAACAAGCUAUGGGCAUAUUUUGGGAGACGUUGAUCCAGAGGUACUUUCUUCGCCAUCCCCUCGUGAUGACAUGGAUCAACCGGAUAUAUUCCUUCAUCCACAUUCCUGGAACGAUUGCCUUCCUUGUCUGGCUCUACUACUACACCACCGUGCGGAACCGAAUCGAUGAGUCCCAGCCGGGGAAACCCAAGGGUGCUGUGAGCGGAUCACCUGCUGGUCCUCUUCUCUACCAAGCACGUCGGCGGACAUUGGCCGUGUGCAACCUUCUCGCAUUUGUGGUAUUCACUCUUUGGCCAUGUAUGCCACCACGCUUACUGAGUGACACGACUGCGGAGGGCGAAGAGGCGGACCUAGCGCGCAGUUAUGGGUUCGUGGACACCGUACAUGGUGCCAAUGGAGCUGGCAGCGUUUGGACAGAGAAUCGCUUCUGUAAUCAAUAUGCGGCCAUGCCCUCCUUGCAUUUCGGUUACUCUUUAAUGAUCGGCCUCACGCUGAUAACUAUCCCUUUGCCACCGCAACAUCGGGGCGUAAUUCUGCGUACGCGGCUCACCCGAGGCCUGAGAGUGAGACUUCCAUCAUGGCGUCGCCUUGUUUGCGUUUUGCUCGGCUUCCUGUAUCCGUUCACCAUCCUCGUGGUGAUCGUUGCCACAGCCAACCAUUUCAUCUUGGAUGCGGUUGCGGGAGCUCUUGUAUGUGCCCUGGGUUGGUGUUUUAAUGGAGUGUUGCUCAACUUGCUGCCACUGGAAGACUACUUCCUCUGGCUUGUCCGAAUCCACAAACCGGAACCAUCACUCGACGUCCCUGAAGAGGUUGGAUCCAUCAGCGAGGGUAUACCAGCAUAUGCUGGCAUCUGCGCUUGA